UGUUAUCAAAAUUAAAAAAUCGCAACAAAACCGAAGCAAAACAUCAUCAAGAUUUAGCCUUAUCAAUAUCCCGAUUUCACGCGAUAUUUCGCAACGAAAUCGUCGGCUGCCGACUCACGCCGCCUCGAGCUGCCUCUCAUCUCAGCGAAAGUCGCAGCGUUUUGUUAUCAUCCCCAAAAAGGAAAAAAAGAAAGAAAGAAAGAUCAGUGCUUUGGAUUCAAUGGCGAAACCCGAAGUAUUUGAGCUGAGCAAUGGAAGAAUUGCGGUCAAAUUAACCAACGUUGGCGCCACGAUCGUCUCCCUCCUCGUCCCUGAUGCCCAUGGAAACGUCGCUGAUGUUGUUCUUGGAUUUGAUUCUCUCGACACUUACAUUAACGAUAACGCGCCGUACUUUGGAUGCAUUGUUGGUCGAGUGGCGAACAGAAUCAAAGAAGGGAAGUUCACUCUUGAGGGGGUUGAUUACUCUUUGCCCAUCAACAAUCCUCCCAACAGUCUUCAUGGCGGUAACAAUGGCUUCAACAAAGUGCUAUGGGAGGUCACAGACUACAAAACUACUGAAAACCCGUCAAUCACCUUCAAACACCACAGCAAAGAUGGAGAAGAAGGUUAUCCUGGAGAUGUGAUGGUCACCGCAACUUAUUCUCUUCACUCAAGCACUUCACUCAAACUCGAAAUGGAAGCUGAAUCUAUGAACAAAGCCACCCCUAUCAACUUAGCACAACACACAUACUGGAAUUUAGCCGGUCACAACUCUGGGAACAUACUGAAUCAUAAGAUUCAAAUUUGGGCCUCUCAAAUAACACCAGCCGACAAAAACUCAAUCCCCACAGGAGAAAUUAUGGCAGUUGAGGGCACCCCUUUUGAUUUCACAACCGAGAAAACAGUUGGCAGCAGAUUCAAUGAAGUUCCCGGUGGAUAUGAUCACAAUUAUGUGCUUGAUUUAGGAGAAGAAAUAUCGGGUUUGAAACGUGCGGCUAAAGUUAAGGAUCCUCUGAGUUCUAGAGUACUUAAUCUGUGGACUGAUGCUCCAGGAGUUCAAUUUUAUACAGCGAACUAUGUCGAUGGUGUUGCUGGAAAAGGGGGUGCAGUUUAUGAGAAGCAAUCAGGGCUUUGCUUGGAGACUCAGGGAUUUCCAAAUGCUGUUAAUGAGCCAAAGUUUCCAUCAGUUGUGGUUUAUCCUGGCGAGAGGUAUCGACAUAAUAUGGUGUUUGAGUUUUCGACAGAAUGAGGGCUUUCUGGUGGUUUUUCCCCUUCUUUUUUAGAUGAACUUGAAAGUCAGUCAGUUUGAUGUAUGAAACUGAUCAUAAUAAAGAUACAUGUCAAGAAAAUAAAGAAACCAUGUGUCUGACAUUUGUAAUUUGUACAUAAGGUUGAUGGUUCUUUUUUGCAGAAUUCUAUGUUUCUGUUUUGUUUCUUCA